AGCCCGUUCCUUCUCCUGGGAGAGCCAUGGCACCACCUGUUUAAAUGCCUUCCGAGACCCCAGACCCUGGGGCUGCUGCAGGAGCUCAGCGUUCCUCGGGGAGCCCCCUGACAGCACCCCAGGGCACCUGCAGGGACAGCUGGGCCGUGGUAAGGAGGGCAUGUCCGAGCUGUGACAGGAGUGACCCGUUUAACCCCUUCUGUGCCCGACCAGGGUGGGCUGGCUGCUGUUUGGUGAUGGGGACUGAAGGCGUGUCUCAUCCUUAGAAUCCAUCCCCUGCUCCAGGAGGCUUUAAAGGGGCAUCCCCACACCCAGAACACCACACCAUGAACGGCUACUUGAAGGAAUCCAAUUUCCUGCUGGUGGAGGAGGGCUUCACCACCAGAGACCUCCUGGAGAACCUCCUGGGGGAGCAGUGCCAGGAGAGCCAGCAGCACGCCUUCUUCGUGGCAGACCUCGGGGACAUUGUGAAGAAGCACCUGCGUUUCCUGAAGGCCUUGCCCCGGGUGAAGCCCUAUUUCCCAGUCAAAUGCAACGGCACCGAGGGGGUGAUCAGGCUGCUGGCAGAGCUGGGGGCAGGAUUUGCCUGUGCCAACAAGGCAGAGAUCAGCCGGGUUCAGGGCAUUGGGGUCCCAGCAGACAGGAUCUUCUACAGCAGCCCCUGCAAGCAGGUGGCCCACAUCAGGCACGCAGCCACGCACGGGGUCAGGCUGAUGGCCUUUGACAACGAGGUGGAGCUGAGCAAGGUGGCCAGGAGCCACCCCCGUGCCAGGAUGUUGCUGGGGAUCUCUGCUGACCCCGUCCCUGCUGCCCAGCCGAGCAUGGCCUUUGGGAGCACGCUGCAAUCCUGCCGUCAGCUGCUGGAGACAGCCAAGGACCAGGCUGUGGAGGUUGUGGGCAUCAGCUUCCACCUGGGGAGCCGUGGGCUGGAGCCCCAGGCCUGGCCCCAGGCCGUGGCCACGGCACAGCUGGUGUGUGACAUGGGCACGGAGCUGGGACACCACAUGCACCUCCUGGACAUCGGGGGGGGGUUCCCUGCCACCGAGGACGCCAGAGCCCCGCUGGAAGAGAUUGCUGCUGGGAUAAACUCUGCCCUGGAUUUGUACUUCCCCGAGGGCAGUGGGGUGGACAUUAUUGCCAGGCCUGGGCGUUACUACGUCACCUCUGCCUUCACCUUGGCUGUCAGCAUCACUGCCCUGGAGGAGAUCCCCGUGGAGCAGCCUGGCUCUGACGAGGAAGAGUGUGACAAGAAGAGCCUGGUCUAUCACCUCAGCGAUGGCAUCUACGGGGCCUUCAGCUGCCUCCUGUUCGACAGCCCCUGCCCCCGGCCCCGGCUGCACAAGAGAGCCUGCCCCGAGCAGCCGUGGCACAGCAGCAGCCUGCGGGGGCCCGGCGAGGACGGCAUCGCCGAGGGGCUGCGGCUGCCCCGGCUGCGCGUGGGGGACUGGCUGCUCUUCGGGGACAUGGGCGCCUACAGCCUGCCCGCCCCGGCCCUGCCCACCCCUGCUCCCCGGGCACGCGUCACCUGCGCCAUGUCCCGCCUGGCCUGGAAAGCCAUCCAGCUCUUCCAGGGAAAGCCACCCCCGGCAGAAGAGGACCGUGAGAGCCUCUGCACGCCCCUGUCCUGCGGCUGGGAGAUGGCAGAGACACUUUGUGUCACCCCUGUCUUCGCUCCGGCUGGCAUCAUCUGAGCAGCUCCGGGCCAGGAGCCGCAGUGGGAAAGGUCCCGUGCUGGUACUGGCAGGGGAAACGUCCCAAAGUGGUGUUGGGGUGGGGAAAACCCCAUGCAGAACCAGGGGAAAUGUCCCAUAAUGUUUUGGGGUGGAGAAAAUCCCAUGGCAGCACCAGGGGAAAUGUCCCAUAAAGGUGUUGGGGUGGGAAAUGUGGGGAAAAUCCCAUGGCAGCACCAGGGGAAAUGUCCCAUAAUGUUUUGGGGUGGGAAAAUCCCAUGGCAGCAGCAGGGGAAAUAUCCCAUAAUGAUUUUGGGGUGGGAAAGGUGGGGAAAAUCCCAUGGCAGCACCAGGGGAAAUAUCCCAUAAUGAUUUUGGGGUGGAGAAAAUUCCAUGGCAGCACCAGGGGAAAUGUCCCAUAAUGGUGUUGGGGUGGGACAAACCCCAUGGCAGCACCAGAGGAAAUGUCCCAAAAUUAUUUUGGGGUGGGGAAAACCCCAUGGCAGCAGCAGGGGAAAUGUCCCAUAAUGAUUUUGGGGUGGGGAAAAUCCCAUGGCAGCACUGGGGGAAAUAUCCAGGAGGGAUAAAAAUCCUACAGCAGGAAAAGUGGGAUUUUUACACCCUAAAAAUCCACAGUGGGAAAAGUCCCCUCCAGUACCAGAAGAGAGAGGUCCUGUGGUGGCACCAGAGGGGGAAAGGAUCCCAGGGCAGUGCCAGGGAGGGGAAGAUGCCACCCUGCCUCUGGCAUUGCCCCACUCUGCUCUCCUGGGCUUGGCAGUAAAUGCUGUCCCAUAAA